CACUUAAACGUUUACAUGCCAGGAAAAGAGGGUAAACUGUGCCCCUUGUUUCCACAAUGCACUUUUACAACAAGUGAAGAAAAUAUUCAAAAUGCCGAUGCUGUUAUCUUUGAAAACAGUCAACUGCCACUGCAAUACUCAAAGACAGAAAUGCCGCCAAAACGUUCUGUACAUCAACAAUGGAUCUGGUUUAUUUCUGAGUGCCCGAACUACCUUUCAAUAAAUCUAAACUCUUACAGUGGUAUUUUUAACUGGACCAUAACAUAUAGAAAUGACUCUGACGUGUCAGGUGCCUGGGGGUCUUCAUAUUUGGUAUAUAAGAGACUCAAAGGUGCUGAUCUUGAUCCCAAAACAGACUUUUCACUUGGUAAAACAAAGCUUGCUGUUUGGUUUAUCAGUAAGUGCUCAUCGCGUGCCCACCGCAUCAUCUAUGCAAAGGAAUUGCUGAAGCAUAUUCACAUCGACAUCUUUGGAAAAUGCGGACAGUUAGUCUGUGAGAAGCAGGACUUCCAGUGCACGGUGGGAUACAUUCGCCAAUACAAGUUUUAUCUUGCGUUUGAAAAUAUGAAAUGUAAGAAAUACAUAACGGAGAAAUUCUGGAGACACGCUCUUGGUAACAAUGUUGUUCCAGUUGUGCUAGGAGCACCUAGAAAAGACUAUGAGUACUUGGCGCCUCCAAACUCCUUUAUACAUGUCGAUGACUUUGAAUCACCAAAAGCCUUAGCUGGUUAUCUGAAAUUACUUGACAAUGACAAAGAGAUGUACAAUCAAUACUUCAAGUGGAAGACAAAUCCUCCACAAAGCAUCCCCUUGGAUGAUGGAGUAUGGUGUAAUUUAUGUAGAAAUCUCAUUGAAAUAUGCCCGACUUCUAGAAAGAUGUAUACUAAUCUAGAUAAAUGGUACAGAGGCGAAAACAAUGAUGAAUGCGAACCAGAUAUUGAUGUGGCAUAUAACGAGGUACACUUUUGA